GCCCUUUGUGAACCCUAAACUUAGUAAACUCGGUGAACUCAACUACACUACGUACGCUCUCCUUCAGUCAGUCUCGCUCGCUUCGCCGCACUCUCGCCGGACGGAGCAGUCGAGUACCCCCUCGCCGGAAAGUUCCAAACCUUUUGAGUUCAAUGCGGCACCAAACUUACUUCUUCGUUUAUUAUUCUCCCGUUUAACCGUUUUUCGCAUGUAUAUCAAUUAAGAACACUAAAACCCUAAGCUCAUUCUAUCUUUCAUUGCAAACUCUAAUUAUCCAAGUCCAAUAGAAUAAGAAGCGAUGUCUACGCUAGAAAUUGAAGCUCGAGAUGUCAUCAAAAUUGUGCUUCAGUUUUGCAAAGAAAAUUCCUUGCAUCAGACAUUUCAGACACUUCAGAACGAGUGCCAGGUUUCGUUGAACACUGUGGAUAGCAUUGAAACCUUCGUUGCUGAUAUUAAUAGUGGAAGAUGGGAUGCAAUAUUGCCUCAAGUUUCUCAAUUGAAGCUUCCAAGGAAUAAAUUGGAGGAUUUGUAUGAGCAGAUUGUAUUAGAAAUGAUUGAACUUCGAGAAUUGGAUACUGCACGUGCAAUUUUAAGGCAAACACAGGUGAUGGGUGUCAUGAAACAGGAGCAACCUGAAAGAUAUUUGCGUCUUGAACAUCUCUUGGUCAGAACUUAUUUUGACCCGAAUGAGGCUUAUCAAGACUCAACAAAAGAGAAGCGGCGUGCGCUAAUUGCCCAAGCUCUUGCUGCUGAAGUUACUGUAGUCCCUCCGUCUCGAUUAAUGGCUCUAAUUGGUCAGGCUUUGAAGUGGCAGCAGCAUCAAGGGUUACUACCUCCUGGAACACAAUUUGAUUUGUUCCGUGGAACAGCUGCUAUGAAACAAGAUGUAGAUGACAUGUACCCGACAAAUCUCUCACACACAAUAAAGUUUGGGACAAAAAGUCAUGCAGAAUGCGCUUGCUUUUCACCAGAUGGGCAGUUUCUUGUAUCUUGCUCGGUUGAUGGGUUUAUCGAGGUCUGGGAUUACUUAAGUGGAAAACUAAAGAAAGAUCUUCAGUACCAGGCAGAUGAAGUGUUCAUGAUGCAUGAGGAUGCCGUGCUUUGUGUAGACUUUAGCAGAGAUUCAGAGAUGCUUGCAUCUGGAUCACAAGAUGGAAAGAUCAAAGUCUGGCGUAUAAGGACUGGUCAAUGCUUGCGGCGUCUUGAACGUGCACAUUCCCAAGGUGUGACAAGCCUUUCCUUCUCUCGUGAUGGAAGCCAAUUAUUGAGUACAUCAUUUGACAGCACAGCAAGAAUCCAUGGUCUCAAAUCUGGAAAGAUGUUGAAAGAAUUCCGUGGGCAUACAUCUUAUGUGAACGAUGCAAUUUUCACAACUGAUGGUAGUCGUAUCAUUACUGCAUCCAGUGAUUGUACAGUGAAGGUCUGGGAUGUGAAGACAACAGACUGCAUACAAACUUUUAAGCCGCCACCUCCUUUAAGAGGAGGUGAUGCUUCUGUCAACUCUGUUCAUAUUUUCCCCAAGACUACUGACCACAUUAUUGUUUGUAAUAAAACAUCAUCAAUAUACAUCAUGACACUUCAAGGACAGGUUGUUAAGAGCUUCUCAUCUGGUAAAAGAGAGGGUGGCGACUUCAUUUAUUGCAUCGGUGAAGACAGGAAUAUGUACUGCUUCAGUCACCAAUCUGGCAAAUUAGAGCAUCUGAUGAAGGUCCAUGAGAAGGAAGUUAUAGGCGUCACCCAUCAUCCCCAUAGGAAUCUUGUUGCAACUUAUAGUGAAGACUGCACAAUGAAGUUAUGGAAGCCUUGAUCUUCGUCUGCCCUCUAUUGUAACCUCCAUAAGCACAAAUGAAAAUCAUAUGAAUACAUGUUUCCCGUUUGUAGCUGUACAAUGUUUUUUCUUUCUCUUAUUUCCAUUUUGUAGCUUGUUAAUUCUUACGCUGCCAUUGGGAAUUGUAGGUGAGAUUGUACUUUUAUUUAUGAUUUAUGGUUUAUCGUCUUGUUAAAAUUAAAGGAAAAAAAAUUGAAAUUAAAA